AUGCCGAUUGACGAAGGUCGGGAUUUGAUCGUGGUAUCCAACCGUCUUCCCGUAUCCGUCAAACGAGUCGAUGGGGGAUAUCAAUCAUCAAUCUCGAGUGGAGGUCUCGUCACGGCCUUGUCGGGUUUGAAAUCCACUCAAUUUCAGUGGUUUGGGUGGCCAGGCAUUGAAGUAAAGGACACGGCGGAUAGAGAACAGGUAUCGCAGAGCUUAGCGGAACACAAUGCCUGUCCCAUUUUUUUGGACAGUGAUCUUGCAGAUGAGCACUACAAUGGAUUUUCUAUGAUAUUCGAUGAUGGUCCUUGGCAGGCCUAUAAGCGUGUCAAUGAACUCUUUGCCGACAAGAUUGCUGAUACCGCUGGCACUGGCUGUUUGAUUUGGAUUCACGAUUAUCACUUAAUGUUGUUGCCUGAAUUUUUGCGUUCCAGACUAGAAAAACAGGGCAAAGCUUGCGCGAUUGGGUUCUCCUUACACACGCCAUUCCCAGCAGGUGAUUUCUGGAGAGCUCUGCCUGUACGAAAGCAUCUGAUCGAUGGCUUGCUAGCCAGUGAUUUGAUUGGUUUCCAUACAGAUGAGUACAAGCAGAACUUUAUCGACACUUGCUCGAAUUUACUUGGGGCUCGCACGGAAAUUCCAAAUCAGAUUCAAUAUAAGAAUCGGCUGAUUUGCAUCGGUAAAUUUAUCGUUGGCAUUGACCCACAAAAAUUCACUGAUACACUGCAAAAUCCCGAGGUCAUUGAUCGGAUCAAGACACUUGAGGAGAGGUACAAGGGGCAGGCGGUCAUUGUUGGCGUGGACCGGCUAGAUCAUAUCAAGGGCUUGACGCAGAAGCUGAAGGGAUUCGAUUCCUUUUUGGAUGAUCACCCAGAGCUGCGGAACAAAGUCGUUCUAAUCCAGGUUGCGGUACCUAGUCGUGAAGAUGUCAAGGAAUACCAGGAACUGGAAACAGAGCUCAGUACACUGGCUGGAAAGAUCAAUGGAAAACACGCAACGCCCGAGGGUACACCAUUGCUUUACAUGCAUCGAUCAGUUCCUUUCAACGAACUAGCAGCUCUGUACUCGAUUGCCGAUGCCUGUCUCCUGACAUCAACUCGAGAUGGGAUGAACCUCGUUUCAUUUGAAUAUGUCGCUUGUCAAGAGAAACGAAACGGUGUUCUCAUUUUAUCCGAGUUUGCAGGCGCAGCCUCAUUUAUGCGAGAAGGGAGUAUUUGCUUCCACCCAGCCAACACGACCGAGAUGUCCGAGGCUAUCUUCAAGGCGCUGAACUUGGACCCGGACGAACGCAAAUGGAAAUCCGAGCAGCUUCGAGAUUUCGUUCAUAAAUAUACAAGUUCACGAUGGGGUCAAACUUUCCUUGAAAAGCUGAAUGGAAGAGUGGGGGAUAGGGCAAAGCGCAAUUGCUCAUAG